UUUGGCCCUUUUGCGGGUUUCACAGCACAGUUUCUCAGCCUGCCAUCGACGGGGGUCGCUCCUCAUAGUUGUUGAUUUUUUUGGGGGGGGAAAGGAAACAGCCUGUAAACAUAUGGAAAUAGCGACAAAACGGAGGGACAAUUCUCACCGGUGGCGAAGCGUGCUCCUCUCCUCUCCCCCUCCUCAUACGAGUUGCUGAAGAGGGAGGAAAGGGACAGCUUGUGCAUCUCACGGUCUUCCUCAUCUGGCGUCGGAGGGGCACGGCCGUGCGUGAGCCAUGACUCUAAGCUCAGAGAUGUCGGAUGCCUCCAUCCUUUCGGAAGAGACCGACAUAGACGUGGUCGGAGAAGGCGAGGAUGGAGACAGCCAGACGCGCUCCUACGUGGAUGAAGUAGCGCAGAUGCACGACGGUAUCCUCCUGGCCGGCUCUCCACCUCCGUGCCUGGACAGCUCCACCUCUUCAAGGGAUACCUACAAGCCGGCGGGCAAGAACACCCUGGUGAAGCCACCUUACUCCUACAUCGCCUUAAUCACCAUGGCCAUUCUUCAGAGUCCCAAAAAGAGGCUCACUCUCAGCGAGAUCUGCGACUUCAUCAGCAACCGCUUCCCGUACUACAGGGAGAAGUUCCCGGCCUGGCAGAACUCCAUCAGGCACAACCUAUCCCUCAAUGACUGCUUCGUUAAGAUACCGAGGGAGCCCGGGAACCCAGGGAAAGGCAACUACUGGACUUUGGACCCGGAGUCGGCUGAUAUGUUUGACAACGGAAGCUUUCUGAGGCGGAGGAAACGCUUCAAGCGGCAGCAGACUCAAGACCUGCUGCGCGAGCACAACACUUUUCUGCCCGCGGCCGCUGCCUAUGGCUACGGACCGUACGGCUGCGGGGGAUACGGCAUCCAGCUCCAGUCCUACCACGCACACUCUGCGCUUUUUGCUUUCCAGCAGCAGCAGCAACAGCAGCAGCACCCGAGGCAUUCACACUCACACUCGGGGACCAUUAUCCCUGCACCGUCCCUAAUGCCCACCAGCACUACCACGGACUUAACCAGAAGUAGAUUUUAUCCCCAGCUCAGCUCCAGUCUGGGCUCAGCCGGCGUGCAGGCAGCAUCACCGGUCCAGAAAUCGAGCUCCCCGGUGCAGCGGUCCCCCUUCUCCAUAGAGAGCAUCAUCGGAGGGUCUCUUAGCCCCUCCAGGACUUCUCCUGUCAUUGUCCCAGUCUUACCGUCCUCUCUGGGGCCUGCAGUGACCAGCCAGCCGCAGACCAUACAUCCUGGAGCUGUUUUACAUCCGGUUGAAAACUUUCCGAGCAGAGUUGUCAGCGGCACUAGCGCCUGUUAAAUGUCUUAACUCCAAACUUUUCAAGACACUUAAAAAAAGAGACAGCAACCUAAACAAAAACGCCCCUCUUUGAAGGUAGGAUUAUUUUUGUAUGUUUGUUUUGCUAGCACGCAGCUGAAUGAUGGACAUGCAGAACACUAUUUGUGCCUAUAUAUUCAUGCUGUUCAUGAAGAUAUAUUUAUGUUCAUUAUUUUUGUUUGUUUAUUUCGGUGUGAAUCAGACUUUCGACCACGAAUUUAACUUUCCAGCCUUUUUUUUUAAAUUCCCUACCAUGAAGUGAUUCGUUUUCAGUCACUGUAUAAAGGCGUCUCAGGAUAACGGACAGGUUACAAACGAUCACGUGUCUGAAACAGGCUUAUAAUGUAUUUGUGUCAAACACAUCAAUGUUUUCUAUCAGCCAAUCAAAGCGACCUUUUUUGAAGGUUUUGAUUUGAUGUUUGUAUUAAAGAUAAACGCAGAGCAAAGUCAUACAUUUAUAAUAAUAUGCAGUGUUUAUUUCAGUAAUUAAACCUUGUACAUUUUUGGCAAGUAUUGUGUAAUUCAAGUGUGAUAUUUUUACACAGUUUAUUGUUUUGUUUUUUUCCAACAAGAAUAAAUUUCGUUUUGCAAAAAAAGAAGAAAAAAAGCAAUUUGUUUGGAAAUAAAUUUAUGAAUUGAUGUUGAGCUUUCUUGGCGGUUACUGUUGAAACAGACGUGUUGCUGAUGUUGUUGUGUCUUUACACUGCGGAUGUGUUAACUAUAACUGUAUGAUCCAAAUAUAGUAACCACUGAAUGGCUUUAAGAAACACACACAACUCUUUAUAACACACACAAACACACAAACAUGUGCGUGCCAGUCAGAUAAUAUUUACAAAUGCAUUAAAUCUGACUGCACUCUAAAGUCAUUGCUGUGCCCUUUGGAACAUGCGCACACAGGGCCUGCGUGUCCAUCUGACCUCUUUCACACUCAUCCUCGUAAUUACAGUGAGCGGACAGGAGUGUGUCGGAGGGGUGAGACAGGGGCUGUAUUUCUGCCUGCUUCAGCUCAGCGAUUAUCCCGGUGCUGGUGUCGACAGGCGGCCUGGGCUCUUGAGCAAACACUACUCAUCCAGAAUUUCAUUAUCUGCUCGUAUUAGACCCGAGAGAAAAAUGAAAUGUUGCUCCUGAAGUCAACAGCGCUCACGAUGUUUCGGAGGUUAGAAUCACCUUUAAUCCACUCACCGUUUUCAGUGUUUGACAGUCUUAAUGCAACUUUAUUUGCCCCACACGCAAGAACCCACUAACACAUGGAUCCAAGCAGACUGUGUUGUUUUUAAAUACACAGGUAAUUUAAUUUGACACUUGAAAGAAAAGAAGAAAAAGCCUUCCCAAGCACCUGCGCUGUCGUGAUGCUGUGUCUGUCGGAGCUGUGCUUUUUAAAAUUUUUAUAAGCUUUCAUAAUGUUGCCUGUACUGUACAGCCCUGCUGCUUCCGUGACUGUAAGUGCGUUUGCCUCCCUUUAUUCAAAGCAACGUGUGUGUGCGUGUGUGUAGUAGAAUGACUAAAUUGGUGCAGCGCUUAGAGCCAGUUCACUAGGCCACGAGAGAACAGCUAUUGCGUGAUGAUGUAACACGCAAUGAGAGAAAAAGGUACACGCACGCGCUUACACUCUGGAGAGAGAGAGUGACUAUAACAGGGAAGGAGGUCAAUUGUACUGUGUGGGCUUGUUUACAAAUACAGGAGGUUAAACAGCGAAAAUGAAGAGAUGAACGUGAUGUAAAACAUUAUAAUAACGCAUGUACUCGAGAUUGUGUCUGCUGAGCAGUGGCUUGUAAUUAAGGCCUAGCCUACAGGGUUUAAAUAGCAUCUGUCUAUACGGCCUGUAAUAUAUAUAUAUAUAAUAUCCGGGUAUUCAAAGCAGAUUUUUACAUCAAAUGUGUGUUUGAGUUUCCUUCUCGUGGGUCUGCACGCCGUGUUUGACAUUAGACAUCUCUAUUCUACAGGACUUUAUUUGAAUAAUACUAAACUCACUACAGUUAAGCUGCUGUUCUUUUUUAACAUAGUUUCUCUGCACAUUUGCUCUGCCGAUUAACGUUAAGAGUUCUUCUUUUAGA